GAGAGUGCAAAGGCAGUCUCUCUUUUUUGGAUCUCUCGAAAUAUUUUAUGUUGUUAGUAAAUUAUUGGAGCAUAAUCUUAAUCAAAAAAAUACUAAAUUCUUCUGUUUGAUCUUUAAGAUAUCGAUCCACCAUUUCCCCCUGAAGAUCAAAAGAUCGUUUUUGAUCGGGUUUUUUUCGGGGUGAAUAUGAACCGGGUACGAGCAUUUCCAUCUCCUGCAGUACCGUUGCCAGCUUCUUCCACAACCCCUAAAGACCGCCCAGAAGAUCAUAGUUUUGAUGGCAUUGCCACCAAUGUGAAGUUAUUAUUAAAGCUAAUCCAAGAGCAUAACGAGGCCAGCACAAAAGACAAUGAUGACCGGAAGACGCAAAGGGUGGCGGGAAUGAUGACAAUAAUCGAUGAUGUUAAAACCCGGAUUCAGAAAUCUCAAACGGUUGGGCGGAGAGCAGAGCUCCGGCGAUGCAAUACAGAUCUUAGGCCAAAUGUUCCGAGGGACAAAAGGCCUCCGGAGCCAAUAAUUGAUGAGAAAGAAAGGUUGAGAAGACAGCUUAGCGCGAGCUUGGCAGCAAGAAAGAGCCUAGAAAUAAUGUGUUCAGGCUUGGGAAAGGAGAAGGAGAUUAUUGCAUUGGAGUGUGCGAGAAAGGUUCACGUGAGUGGGAUGGAGGAACAUAUCAAUGAUCUUCGAGCACAAAACGAGAUGCUGUUGGCAAAAGUAAAAGUUUGCGCAGCAGAGCACAAGGAGAAGAGGUGUGCAGAUGGGGUAGAGAUUCGUGGGAAUGCAGCACUCCAGGAGCGAAACAAGGAGCUUUCAAAGCAACUCCUUAAGUCCCUUGAUGGUUGUAGAUCCUUAAAAAGAAAGAUCAAAGAUGCACAAAAGGAAAACAAUGGUAUGCAUUCCGCGAUGGAGGAGAUGAGGGUGGAAGUUCAAGAAGGCCUAGACCGAAUAUAUGUCCUCAAGGAAAAGAUUGCCACAAAGCAAGCAGCAGAUAUCGAAGAGGAGAUUUCAGCAUUGGAACAUCUUUUUGAGUGCUUCAGUAUGAAGAUUUCAAAGCAUGAGUCGAAGAAAGGUGAAAGUGUAAAACACAACACUGAGAUCGACACUACUUAAUUUGCCUCGUCCUGUUGCAUUAGAACAAGGGUGACUAGAAACCAGAAAAGCCUGGUCUCUCCACUUUUGCAGUUUUGUCAGUCUCUCUUUCAAUUGCCAAGACAUGAAAACAACUAAAAUUCUUCGAGUUUAUAUAAUAAAUGAGGGAAGUAGUUGUAAUUUGUCAGAAGUAGAAGAGAUUUAGUGAUGUUGCAUAUUUGUUUUGCAAUGGAUUAGUUCAGGUUUCUAGGUUGCACCUACAAUGGCCGAAAGAGUUAUAAAUUC